CAUCGUUGCAAUGCAUUCCUAUCCUAUUCAAAAUCCAAACCAAAAACAAAAACAAGAGCGAAAAGAUAUUCACCACAAAAAAUCCCACAUUCUCAGUUUCUCACCAGAUUUCGUGUGGGGUUUCCAUCGCUUGUCACUUCUUCCCCAAACCAAUCCACCUGUAGAACUUCUCCAAAUUUCUAGACCAAUCUCUCUGUUUCCUCCUCCCCAAUCAAAAUCCUACUUCUUCUGUACAACCCAAACAUGCCCGGAUCCCUCAACUCCAAACUCACACUUAACGCCUCCAAUGGCCACCCUUUUCACUACUAUUGCUUCAUACUCUCAUUCUUCAUGGCCUCUCAAGCACAACCCUUUUUCCAGUUGUACCCCUCCAUCAACUACUGUUUCCAAACACCCAUUUGGCCAAAACACCCACCUCUCAUUUCCUCUCUCCUCAACUCUCAAUCCCAAAAGAUUUCCUAAAUUCUUGGUGAAAGCUGAGAAAGAAGAUGAACCCUCUUCCUCUUCUUCAGCGUCUGUUGCUGUGGUAUCCGAAAAACCCGAUAUUGAGGACACCCAGAAGGGGGAACUGUCGGGAAAGGGUGAGUUGAGUGAAGAAAGUGAGGUGGAGGCUGGGGAGAGAGAGAAGCAGCAAGAAUUGGACUGGAAGACUGACGAGGAGUUCAAGAAGUUCAUGGGUAAUCCUUCAAUCGAGGCCGCGAUAAAGCUCGAGAAGAAGAGGGCUGAUAGGAAGCUCAAGGAGCUUGACAGAGAAAGCAGCGAUGGUAACCCAAUUAUUGGUUUUCUUAUCAAACUGGCUCGUGACAAUCUGACCAGAGAGAAGGAGAUGUUGGAGGAAGCAGAGGAAACUUUCAAGGCUCUUGAUCUUAACAAGUUGAGAAGCUGUUUCGGGUUUGAUACAUUUUUCGCGACCGAUGUCAGGAGGUUUGGAGAUGGGGGAAUUUUCAUUGGAAACUUGAGGAAACCAAUCGAAGAAGUCAUACCCAAAUUGGAGAGAAAGCUAUCAGAAGCAGCGGGGAGGGAGGUUGUGUUAUGGCUUAUGGAGGAGAGAGAUAAUGACAUUACAAAACAGGUUUGUAUGGUACAACCUAAAGCAGAGAUGGAUCUUCAGUUUGAAUCAACCAAACUGAGCACUACUUGGGGUUAUGUUAGUGCAAUAGCUUUAUGUGUUACAACAUUUGGGACAAUAGCUUUGAUGAGUGGAUUCUUCCUCAAACCUGAUGCUACCUUUGAUGACUAUGUGUCUGAUGUUGUGCCUCUCUUCGGCGGCUUCCUUUCCAUUUUAGGAGUUUCCGAGAUAGCCACGAGGUUAACAGCAGCUCGCUAUGGUGUGAAACUCAGCCCGUCUUUUCUUGUGCCUUCUAAUUGGACAGGAUGCUUGGGAGUGAUGAACAACUAUGAGUCUCUUCUGCCAAAUAAAAAGGCACUUUUUGAUAUUCCAGUAGCACGCACAGCAAGCGCGUAUCUGACAUCUCUAGCUCUUGCAAUUGCUGCUUUUGUGGCCGAUGGAAGCUUUAAUGGGGGUGACAAUGCCUUGUACAUAAGGCCUCAAUUUUUUUACAAUAACCCACUGCUUUCUUUCAUCCAAUUUGUCAUUGGACCAUAUACAGAUGAUCUUGGGAAUGUAUUGCCCUAUGCUGUUGAAGGUGUGGGAGUCCCUGUUGAUCCCCUUGCUUUUGCUGGACUCUUAGGAAUGGUGGUGACUUCUUUGAACUUGUUGCCAUGCGGAAGACUUGAAGGAGGCCGGAUUGCGCAAGCCAUGUUCGGGAGAAGCACUGCUACUCUGUUGUCGUUUGCCACCUCGCUUCUCCUAGGCAUCGGAGGCUUGAGUGGAAGUGUCCUUUGUUUGGCAUGGGGGCUUUUCGCAACCUUCUUCCGCGGUGGAGAAGAAAUUCCGGCAAAGGACGAGAUCACUCCAUUGGGAGAUGAUAGGUAUGCUUGGGGUAUUGUACUCGGCCUCAUUUGUUUCCUCACCCUUUUCCCCAAUGGAGGGGGAACUUUCUCUAGCUCAUUUUUCAGUGCACCCUUUUUCAGAGGGGAUCUGUAAAUAAUCUCUCUCUCUGUGACAAUCUUGAUACUCUUAUUUUAGUGCGUUUAAAAUCUUUUGCAUUUUGCUUGCCUUGGAACAUAUUGCAUAUAUAAGACCAUUUUCA